CUCCCUCCAGUUCGCCAUUUUCCAGCUCUCCACCGGGUCUGUGUGAUUCGUGACUGACUCUCGCACUCAGAAGCUGGACUUCUUCUAACGACAGCGUUCCUGUGGAAGAGUUGUCGACUAACGACCCCAGAUACACUAAAACGGAGGACAUUUCAGCCCUUCGCCUCCCUCUCUGUCGUUAGUUUGUACGGUGUCCUGAACGAGCCAGGAGAAUGUCCUCCGAAAGCCCCGAGUACUCCCCCUUCUUCGCGGUGAUGGGCGCCUCGGCAGCGAUGGUCUUCAGCGCACUGGGCGCUGCCUAUGGCACAGCUAAGAGUGGCACAGGCAUUGCUGCCAUGUCAGUGAUGAGGCCAGAGCUCAUCAUGAAGUCCAUCAUUCCUGUGGUCAUGGCGGGUAUCAUCGCCAUCUAUGGCUUGGUGGUGGCUGUUCUCAUCGCUAACAACAUUUCACAAAAUGUCACACUCUACAAGAGCUUUCUUCACCUGGGUGCUGGGCUGAGUGUGGGCCUGAGCGGCCUUGCUGCUGGCUUUGCCAUCGGUAUUGUGGGAGAUGCAGGAGUCAGGGGCACAGCCCAGCAGCCUCGCCUGUUUGUGGGCAUGAUCCUCAUUUUGAUCUUUGCUGAAGUGCUGGGGCUGUAUGGGCUUAUUGUUGCCCUUAUCCUCUCCACCAAGUAAACUACAUAAAUAAUAAUUAUUACUAUUAUAAUUAUAAUACAACCACCCACUACAAACACACACAAACACCAACUCAGACAUCCACCUAAUGAAACACAUUGAGUAACUACAACACAAGAACCGAAGAGAGGGGAGUGUGUAUGUAUGUUUGUGAGUGUGUGCGUGUGUGGUGGGAAAGUAAAUGUAUGUGAGAGCUCUCCUCUCUGUGUGUAUAAUAAUAGCCUGAUGUGCGUCCCCUUGUAAAUGCGCUGUGUAGCCUGUGCUCUCGUCUUGUUGGUGUUUAGGUAGAUUCCCUGACCCCAUACCGCUACACUUGUUUGUUUUGCGUUUUUAUUUUGUCAUGUUUUCCUCUUGUUUGAAGAAAAAAUCAUCCUUUUUUUUCCCCCUUCAAUUUUGGGACCAUUUCUAUUUCUGACACUGAUGAGUUGAGGACGUAACUGAGGAAAAAAAAAAAAUUGUUUUCAUCAAUUAUUUAUGAAAUUUUUUGAAAUGUUCAUGAAACUGUUUAAAUCGAUCAAAGUCUUUAUUGAAAUCCCGAUGGUCUAUAUAUAUAUAAAUACAUGUAUCAGAAAUAUAUAUCUGUAUAGGUAGGUGAAUUGCACUGUGGGUAAUUUGUGCUUGGAGUUCCUCUGGAUGUAUUCAUUGGUUACCAUGGAGAUCUGUUAGUCUGUUUAAAGAUAUUGGUGUGGAAGUUUACAGAGCGUGCGAUUGUGAGUGUAUGCACGCGUAUGUUUGUGAGUGUGAAUGUGUAUGUUUUAAUUCUAAGGUGACAUUCUUUGAACAUGUGUAGCGUUAUACCUGUAGUUACUACUGUUUCUGGUUGCAUUGAUGGGCAGACACCAGCCCAGCCCGUCCUGUUUCCGAAUAAAAUUUCCUCAACUUCC